CUUGUGGCUUGUUCAACCCCUCCCAUCCAGGGCAGGCGGCGCACUUCAACUCUUGGUGCCGUUACUGCUGAAAAUGUGGAGGAUCGAGUUACAGCGCGGCCCAUUUUUAAGCCAGUCGAUGCGCCGUUAGCCGAAGGACAACAGAGUAGGACUGCCGUCCCGUCUCGAGAUACGGAAGGGAAGGAGCUGCUUCCAACUUUCAUGUAUUCAUUAAGGAGUAAUCACUGACAGGUCCUCCCCAUCAGCAGCAGCCCAGUUAAGAUGAUCGAAACCAUGGAUACCCAGCGUGCCUUGCAGGCGGUGGAGCGUCUCCAGGCCAAACUGAAGGAGCGGGGGGAGGUGCCCACCGAGGAGAAGCUGGGCCUCCUCAAGUCUGUGCUGCAGAGCCCCCUAUUCCACCAGAUCCUCGCCCUGCAGAAGUCUGUGCAGCAUCUCAAAGACCAGCAGGGGAUUGGGCUCCCGGUCCUAAACUCCGACUUCACAGAGCCCUAUGGCCUGGCCCACCAAAACGGCAGCCAUUUUGGACAGGACAGCUCACAAGUCAAUGGGAAACCCACCCAUGAUGAGUUUGAGCGCAUCAUUCGCUCCAUGGCCCAGGGUCGGUACGUGACCUCCAUUGACCUUCUGAAGCCGCUGUCGGGCGGCCUGGGCUUCAGUGUGGUGGGACUCCGCAGUGAGAACCGCGGGGAGCUGGGCAUCUUCGUCCAGGAGAUCCAGCUGGGCAGCAUCGCACAUAGUGAUGGUAAGCUGAAGGAGGCGGAUCAGAUCCUGUCCAUCAAUGGGCAGCCUCUGGACCAGACGGUCACACACCAGCAGGCCAUCGGGCUGCUGCAGCGGGCAGUGGAGCGGGUCCAGCUGGUGGUGGCCCGCGGGCCCAUACCCCAACUCUCCAGCCCCGUGGUGUCACGCUCGCCUUCUGCAGCCAGCACACUGUCCGCACACUCCAGCGCUACCCACUGGACCCAUGUGGAGACCAUGGAGCUGGUGAACGACGGCACAGGCCUGGGCUUUGGCAUUGUGGGGGGCAAGACCACCGGCGUCAUCGUCAAGACCAUCCUCCCCGGGGGCAUCGCUGACCAGGACGGUCGCCUGCACAGCGGGGACCACAUUCUGAAGAUCGGGGACACGGACCUGUACGGCAUGGGCAGCGAACAGGUGGCCCAGGUGCUGAGGCAGUGUGGCAACCGCGUCAAGCUGGUCAUCACCCGGGGAACAGUGGACGACGCCUCCACUGCUGCUCCACCUCCAGUCCUGGCAACGGUCACCGAGCAACAGGGCUAUGAGGAGGAGGAGGCAGCGAAGGACGCAUUUGACGUGAGCCUGACAAAGAACGCCCAGGGCCUGGGGAUUACCAUCGCUGGAUACGUGGGGGACAAGAACUCAGAGCCCUCUGGUAUUUUUGUCAAGAGCAUCACGAAAGACAGCGCAGUGGAGCAAGAUGGCCGAAUUCAUGUCGGAGACCAGAUCAUCGCGGUGGACGGUGUGAACAUCCAGGGUUCCACCAACCAGCAGGCCGUGGAGGUGCUUCGGCACACGGGCCAGACGGUCCACCUCAAGCUUGUCCGCCGCGGCUUCCAGCCUGACGAGUUUCCCCCCGUCGCCACGCCAACGCCCCCCAUACCCACCGCUCUGCCUGUUGCCGUGGAGCCCAAGCCACUACCCGCCCCCCCGCCGCCACCCAGAGAAAUCCCCAUGGAGAGGGAGCGGGAGAGGGAGCGACCGGUCACUCUCGCCGAGGCUAAACCAGCCAAAGCCACUGAAGAGAAGGUGUGCUCUGCCCUGGCUUCAGACUUCUCCAGCCAAGCGGUCACCGAGGCCAUCGACGCCAUUGACGCCGAGGUUAAGGAGGGAAUAAAGCUAACCGCUGUGGAGGAAGAGGAGUUGAUGAAGAGGUGGCAGAACGCUCUCGGGCCCAGCAAUGAAGUGGUAGUGGCCCAGGUUGAGAAGUUCAGUGAGAGCAGUGGUCUGGGCAUCAGUCUGGAGGCCAGUGGGGGUCACCACUACAUCCGCUCCGUGCUGCCAGAGGGGCCGGUGGGACGCUGUGGGAAACUCUACAGCGGAGACGAGCUGCUCGAGGUCAAUGGGAUCCCUCUUAUCGGCGAGACCCACAAGGAGGUAGUGAGCAUCCUCAAGGAGCUGCCCGUCUUUGUGUACAUGGCCUGUUGCCGGCCCGCCCCCUUGCUGCUGCUGCAGACGGACAGGGACGCCGGCCAAUUGGGGCUGGAGGAGGUCGCCACGGAGGCGGGUGCAAAGGUGUGCGCUGAGCUGGAGGACUUCCUGUCUCCCGGCGAAUCGGGGAAGGGCGUGGGUAUCGGCGUGGGCGUCGUUGCGCAGGAUGCCAGCAUGGCGGAGGAGCCUCUGGCGUCUCCCCUGGCCAUGUGGGAGACGGACGUGCAGGACAUCGAGCUGGAGAAAGGGGAGAUGGGACUGGGCUUCAGCAUCCUGGACUACCAGGAUCCGGUGGACCCGGCGAAGACGGUGAUCGUCAUUCGCUCACUGGUCCCCGACGGCGUGGCAGAGCUUGACGGCCGCCUGCUUCCUGGAGACCGUCUCAUGUUUGUCAACAAAACUAACCUGGAGGACGCAAGUCUGGAGGAUGCUGUGCAGGCCCUCAAAGGAGCCCCCAUGGGCAAGGUUCACAUCGGGGUGUCCAAACCUCUGCCUACGGAGGAUGAGGUCGGAGGGCCUUCGUCCCAAGACCUGUCUCUCGUCUUCACCAGUCUGGUGUUGAGAGGAAAGGACGAGCCGGCGGAGCCCACCGACGGCCUUCUAUUCCGGGCCGAGCCGGCUUUGAUUGAUGCCAAUGAGUCUGAUCUGACGGACGAGAAGCUUUUUGAGCGACACUUCCCUGAUGAGGAGGACGAUGCAUUCCAGGCGUCUAUGAUCGCUCUCCAUGGAAGCACCUGCAGCACUGACCUGGAUUAUUCAUUAACCAUGCCAGCGCCUACACCCCAGCGCAAUGGGCGUCUGGAGGCUUUCCCUGACUACCCCCCCUUCCUGGCAGCGCCCGGCGCGGCGGCGGCGGUCGACCUUGACCCCCAGGCGUUCACCCCCGAUGAGGGCCCUCUCCUCUUCUCCCAACCCCGGGUCGGGGGUAGGGUUCUGGGGCAGGGACAGGGGUUGUCUGGGCCGCCGCUGCCGCCGACGGGGCUGUUUGGCGAGCUCCAGCAAAACCAAAUGGAGUCGUUGACGGCCGCGUCAUCCGCGGUUGGAUUUUCGGGAGCGGGCAGCGCUAAAGCGGAGUCUGACACGCUAGCGCACAUGCAGAUGGACUUGAGCUUGUGUGAUCUGGGCUCUGGAUUGGUCCAAAGCUUGUAUCUCGCUGACAGUAAUGAGUUUGGAAAGGACGUCGGAGCCCUUAUAGAGAAGGUGGAGCCUUUGCCAGUCACCAUUGGGAGCAACUUUGAGAGGACAAUCACUGUUGUCAAGGGCAACUCCAGUCUCGGUAUGACGGUGAGUGCGGUGAAGGAUGGUCUGGGCAUGCUCGUGCGCAGCAUCAUCCACGGCGGCUCCAUCAGCCGCGACGGGCGUCUGGGCGUGGGCGACCUCAUCCUGGCCAUCAACGGCGAGCCCACGGCCAACCUGACCAACGCCCAGGCGCGCGCCAUGCUGCGUCGCCACUCGCUCAUCGGACCCGACAUGGGAUCUUCAGUUGCCACCGCUGAGGAAGAUUCGUGCCCCUUUUACGUUUUCACAUAUGUCCCAGCUGAGUACCUGGAUGAGUACAAGGCCAGUCUGCUCGAGAGAAAUGUUGCUGGAGGACGGUUUCCAGUCGAUACAUCAGAGGAUCCGCGGAGAGAAGUGUCAGAGCUUCCUGAGAGAGAGGAAGGGGAGGGGGAGGAGAGUGACUUCCAGACUGCAGCCUACAGCAACUGGAACCAGCCCAGGAAAGUGGAGCUGCAUCGAGAGCCUGGCAAGUCUCUGGGCAUCAGCAUCGUGGGCGGCCGGGGCAUGGGCAGUCGCCUUAGCAACGGCGAGGUCAUGCGGGGCAUCUUCAUUAAGCACGUGCUGGAGGACAGCCCUGCAGGACGCAACGGAACCCUUAAGACAGGAGACAGGAUCGUAGAGGUGGAUGGAGUUGACCUGAGGGAUGCCAGUCAUGAGCAGGCGGUGGAGGCUAUCCGCAAGGGAGGAAAUCCUAUGGUCUUCCUGGUCCAGAGCAUUGUCCACCGGCCACGGUCCCUGACCACAGACCCUGUGGAGGAGAGAUCACCACCUACCACACGGCCAGACAGUGACCAGGAGGCUGAGAGUCAAAGUAGACUUUUCCUCCGCCUCUCCCCGACUAACCCUUUCACCCCUACACCGUUUAAGCCGCAGAACCGGGAGAAGAGUUCCCCCACUGCCUCUCUGUUGCCCCUGCCCGUGGUUCCCCACGUCGGGGAGACGGACACAGACACGCUGAUCGAGAUCCCCGACCGGAUUGACUCGGGGGAGGAGGACGAGUUUGGCUACAGCUGGAGUAAGUGCAAUGCUAUAAAUGGACAGAUUCUAUAUGGCCGCAGCCAUCAGAACGCCUCGUCCAUCAUCAAAAGUGCCCCGUCCAAGGUCAAGAUCAUCUUUAUCAGGAACACGGACGCGCUCGACCAGAUGCGUGGGGCCGUCAAGGAGUUCGGAGACGCUCUGGAGUCCAGCGCUGAGGAUCCAGGAGUGCCCGCUGCAGUCACCCCCCCAGCGACAGAUGCCGACAUGUUCAAGUGUGUUCAGCACAUCGUCCUGCCCAAGGAUGAAGCUGGAGUGGGUCUGUCCUUCAGUAGGGAAGAGGACACCAUGGGCGGAGUGCUGAUCCUCAACAUGCUUGAGUCUGGGCCUGCAGCAAAGGAGGGCUCCAUAAGAGUGGGUGACCGACUCAUUGCCCUUGAUGACGAGGUGGUGACAGGAUACUCCGUGGACAAGGUGAUGUCAUUGCUAAGGAAAGCCAAGGGUCCAGUGAAGGUGUCGAUAGCCUCUCAAGACCCCGCCCACCUCUCCUCAUCCUCCACCAAUGAGAGCAGAGCGUCCGACGGAACCCUCAAUGCCCCGCCCACUGUCCCUCAGCCAACCCUGAGCCUGCCUGAGUUGGAGCCAAUUAGGAGUUCAAGCAGGUCGUCAACUCCGGCCACACUAGUGUCCGAUCCUGUGACCUGUCCCAUCAUUCCCGGCUGCGAGACCACCAUAGAGAUCUCCAAAGGACGCACGGGACUGGGCCUCAGCAUUGUUGGGGGCUGCGACACUCUCCUGGGUGCCAUCAUCAUCCAUGAGGUCUAUGAAGAGGGGGCCGCCUCCAAAGAUGGCCGACUGUGGGCUGGAGACCAGAUCCUGGAGGUAAACGGCAUCGACCUGCGAAUGGCGACUCACGACGAGGCGAUAAACGUCCUGCGCCAGACGCCGCAGAGGGUGCGCCUGAGCGUCUACCGGGACGAGGGCCAGUACAAGGAGGACGAGCUGUGGGAUGCGUUCACCGUGGAGCUACAGAAGAAGCCGGGACAGGGCUUGGGACUCAGCAUCGUGGGCAGAAGGAAUGAUACAGGGGUGUUUGUGUCGGACAUCGUGCGGGGCGGCCUGGUGGAGUCGGACGGGCGGCUGAUGCAGGGCGAUCAGAUCCUGUCGGUGAACGGAGAGGAUGUGCGCACGGCCACACAGGAAGCUGUGGCCGCACUGCUCAAGUGUUGUGUGGGGUCCAUCUCGAUGGAGGUGGGACGUUUCAAGGCUGGACCAUUCCACUCCGAGAGAAGACUCUCGCAGAACAGCCAGCUGAGUGAAACAGGCAGCUACAAACUCCCUCCCCACUCCCUCUCUGGGUCGAGCAAUCUCCAUGGAGAUUACGAUAACCCCCGCAGAAGUCAUGAAUCUCUCUACCAACAAGACAUCAGAACCGUUGAGCUCACAAAGGGUCCGACCGAUUCUCUGGGUAUCAGUAUAGCGGGGGGAGUGGGCAGUCCUCUGGGUGAUGUUCCCAUCUUCAUCGCCAUGAUGAACCCCACGGGAAUGGCUGCACUCACACAGAAACUCAGAAUUGGGGACAGAAUCAUGAGCAUCUGCGGGACUACAACAGAGGGCAUGACACACAGCCAGGCUGUCAGUCUGCUCAAGAACGCAAGCGGACCUAUUGAGCUACAGGUGGUAGCCGGUGACACCACAGUGACCAGUCCUACUCCGGAGCAGGCAGCUGCUGGUCUCUCAGUGUCAGGCCUAACAGCCAGCAGCAUCUUCCACGACGACCUCGGACCCCCCCAGUAUAAGAGCAUCACACUGGACAGAGGGCCUGACGGUCUGGGCUUCAGCAUCGUAGGGGGGUUCGGCAGCCCCCACGGAGACCUGCCCAUCUACGUCAAAACUGUCUUCGGAAAGGGUGCGGCAGCAGAGGACGGACGUCUGAAGCGAGGUGAUCAGAUCAUGGCGGUGAACGGGCAGAGUCUGGAAGGGGUCACUCACGAGGAGGCCGUGGCCAUCCUCAAGAGGACCAAAGGAACGGUCACGCUCACUGUUCUCUCAUAGGCGUGCACGCACAAACACACACACACACACACACAAACACACACACACACACACUUUACUUCACUGUGCAGUCUCACUACACUCUGUCGUACUAAACAGACACCUAAAACACACACAAACUUGCUGUGACGUAACUGUGACGUUGUAAGACACAGUCAGUCAUGCACGCAGUUCGCCGUCAAGGAGAAUCAUAUGCACAUAAAGAGUCACUGUGAUUGUGUAGAGAAACACUCCAGUACACACACAAACACACACACACACGCACAGGCCGCACUGUGAAAGAAAAUGUUACUGUUGAUAACACAUAUUUCCUAGGAGCAUGAGGUCACAUGCAAAAGCACACACACACACACACACACACACGCACAAAGCAAAGCAUCAAAAGCCAUAAAUACAUCUUGAUUUAUUUACACAGGGGAUAAGCCCUUCUGGAAUAGGCAUGAUUUAUCUGAGAGGGUGUGUGGAUGUGUGUGUACAGGUGUGUGAAUGGGUCAACGCACAUGUUGGCCGACAAGUACAUACUCACACCCACAUGCAGGGGAAACACUCCCUCUUACAACAGACACAUACACACACACACACACACACACACACACACACACACACACACACACACACACACACACACACACCAUGUUUAGCCUGUAAUUGAGUCACAUAAUUUCUUAGAAACAAUCAUUGAUCUUUUAUUAUAACCAUUUCCUUAUUAUGUCAUUAGCAGCACCUUCUGGUCAAGGUGCAGCCCAUAUCUGGGCCAAUUGAGGCUAUGUCCACAGAUAGUUGGGUAUUUCUAAUUUUAGCCUUUCAUCCUCAUGAAAACAGUUAUUUUCAAAAACUCAUCCGGUUUUAGUGUUUGCGUGUUGACAGGGAAGACAGUUUUUGGAUUGUGAUGAGAUAUGUUUCCCCUUUUGUUUGUAAAAUUGUCAGGUCUCUGAUUGGCCAACAUCGACAUCUGUUUGAUUGAUGUUUUUUAAGAAUACCCGGCUACGUGUGGACAUAGCCUGAGACACUUGUUUCACCUCCAGAUUGCAAUCGUUUUCUCUGAAACAACGCAACUAGCGAAAAAGCUAGAUUGCUGAAACACAAUUCAAAAGGCAGAAAAAAGACCCCAUGCACCUAUAAUCACACUCAAAGUUAAAAACAAUAACGAAAACAAACGUGUCUCAGCGUGAACGCCACCUGAUUCACUUCAGUAUUGUAACUCUUGAGUCCAAUUGGACUAUAGCCUGCUGCUGUCAUAAACCUGUAUCUUAACCAACCAACACUACUGUGCGGAAGGUUUGCGUUGUCUUGUAUUUGUAGAAUGUACAGCAAGUAAGGCUACCACAUUAUACAAGCUGUUUUUUUUUUUUUAAAAAAGAGUUAUUUCCUAUAUUGAAUUGAUUCAAAUAUGACAUAUUGUUAAAGGAUAGUCUGUCAGAAUAUUCAAGCACUGAAACAUUAAGGUCACACACGUGGACUGUAGACAUGGCGAAAUGUAAUAACAAUGCCGGGCAACGACAAUCCUGGAUUCAUGGAUAUUAUCGUUACAUUUGACUAAAUGGAUCACUGGUGAUUUUUAAGAAUGUACCUAAACGGUUUCUGAUGAAGUAUUUCCCUAAGCUGUCCCUCUAGUGUUGUCGUUGUUUUGAAGUGUUUGUUUGUUUGUUUGUUUGUGGAUAUGGAUAUUCUUACAUGAAGUACACACACUCCUGUGAAGAGAGAGUAAACGAAGAAUGAGAGAAAUGUAGUUGCUGCUUUAGACUCUACUGUAAAAAAAGAAAAGAAAAACAUGUUUGUUCAGUAUUUUAUCUUUUAAGUGUUACUUUGUUUGUUUUUUUGUUUUUUGUUUUGUUUGCUCAAUUAUUAUGCCUGUAUAAUUUUUAAAUGUAAACAGUUUGUCUAAUAGAUUAUGAGUUGAAGAUAUAAUGUUUGCUUGUAAAAUACAACACCGUUGGCUCAUAGAGGUCACUAUUGUUUGAUGCACCAUGAUGCACGCUCAUCUCAUAUACUGUACUCACAGUGCAUUAUCCACACAUCCUCCUGAAGUACAUGCUACGUUCACUUACAUCAUACUCAUACCAUGUAAAUAGAAAAAGCAUUUAGCUUGGCGAAUGCUAAAGUCGAGCUCUGAAAUACCACAUGGUUUGUUUUCAUGGUCCAAGAGCAACUGUCAUAGCACUUGUGAAUUAGGUAAGGGUUAGAGAAGGAGAUUACAAUAAGCCAUGGAUUCCCAUAGGACUUUAGACACACACACACACAGACACACACAAAGGCACACACACUCACAAAGCUUCUUUGUGUUGUGGCUUAUGAGAGAAUCUGCCUGUAUUGGACCAAAUUAAGCUCUUUCAUCUUCAGAUGACUGUACCAAGCAUCCAAAUGGUCCAAUUUUCUUGUCUAAUUUGAUAAGACAACAAACACACACACACACACACACAAACACAGAUUCCCUUUCAUUGACUAAUGGCUCCAUUAGUGAGAUGGUAGCAUAUUGUCUGAAAGUAUUGGCAACUAUUUCCCCCCAAUGAGCCACGCUAGAAUUGUAGUGCCUUAGUAUCAGCCCCACUAGAUAGACCACUUCAAUACAUGUAAAUGGAUGAAAAUUGUUUUUUUAAAGUCAAAUUGAGAGAAGUUGUAUUAUUUGGACGGCGGCACCAGGAGUAAAGCAGCACCUGCACCACGGUCAUCUCCCCCUCACGGCACCUGCCACAGUGUUACGUUACUCUGCAGCUAAAUUAAUAAAAAGUGACCUUCUGACCUCA